UUCCACAGACACACACAGGCGCGCACACACACACGCAGCUAUAGAGGGGGGCUGUCUGUGGGCCGACUGCGUGAAGCACUUGCAUUGAUAACCUGCAGCUCAGAGUCACUCAGUCUCACUUUGUGGCCGUCCCCCUCGCCUGGAACUCCCUUGCUGCUCUGCUCUGUCUCCUUUCUCGCUUUUCACUCUAGGACCGUCUGCGGACGCACUCAGACCCCCGCGUUUACUCAUCACCUCUGUCGCUGUCACCAUGACGCCUACCCCGCCGUUGUUCCUGCUGCUGCUCGGCCUUGUAGGGGCUCAAGCCACCACCACCAUGGACCUCCGCACGGCUGCCGCCAUGGCGGCAGGUUUGUGCAAAACUCGUCCCACAGACAUCGUGUUCAUCAUUGACAGCAGUCGUAGCGUUCGCCCUUCAGAGUUUGAGCAGGUCAAGGUCUUCCUGGCUAAGGUCAUUGAGGGACUGGAUGUUGGACUCAACGCCACCCGUGUGGGUGUUGUCAACUACGCCAGCCGCGUCAAGAACGAGGUGUCUCUGAAGACACACCGAUCCAAAGCCGGACUGAUUAAGGCUGUGACCAAGAUCGAGCCCCUGUCUACUGGAACAAUGACUGGUCUGGCCAUCCAGUUUGCCCUGAACGUGGCCUUCAGUGAGAAUGAGGGCGCUCGCGUGAAAUCUCCUGACAUCAGCAAGGUUGCCAUUAUCGUGACAGACGGGCGUCCUCAGGACAACGUGAAGGAUGUGGCUCAGCGCGCACGGGACGCUGGUAUUGAGAUUUUCGCCAUCGGUGUGGGACGUGUGGACAUGAGCACUCUGAAGCAGAUGGCCAGUGAUCCUCUGGACGACCACGUGGACUACGUGGAGAGCUACAGCGUCAUCGAGAAGCUCACCAAGAAGUUCCAGGAGGCCUUCUGUGUGUCGGACCUGUGUGCCACCGGGGAUCAUGACUGCGAGCAGGUAUGCAUCAGCAGCCCCGGAUCAUACAAGUGUGCCUGCAAAGAUGGCUUUACCCUCAUGGACGAUGGUCGCAGCUGCAGUGCCUGCAGCAACUCAGCGACAGACGUAGUGUUCCUGAUCGAUGGCUCUAAGAGCGUCCGUCCUGAGAACUUUGAGCUGGUCAAGAAGUGGAUCAACCAGAUCGUCGACAAACUGGAUGUGUCUGACAGCAAGGCUCACGUUGGACUGGUGCAGUACUCCAGCUCAGUCAGACAGGAGUUCCCCCUGGGCCGCUUCAACAACAAGAAAGACCUGAAGGAUGCUGUGAAGAGAAUGGCCUACAUGGAGAGGGGAACCAUGACAGGUCAGGCUCUCCGCUACCUGACAGACAACAGCUUCAGCGCCGCUCAGGGCGCCCGACCCGGAGUCGCCAAGGUGGGCAUCGUCUUCACUGACGGACGCAGCCAGGACUACAUUGGAGAUGCCGCCAAGAAGGCCAAGGAGCACGGUUUCAAGAUGUACGCUGUUGGAGUGGGCAACGCUGUGGAGGAUGAGCUGAAAGAGAUCGCCUCUGAGCCGACUGGAGAGCACUACUUCUACACCGCUGACUUCAAAACUAUGACCCAGAUUGCCAAGAAGCUGCAGAUUAACAUCUGUCAAGAGGAGGACCCUUGUGAAUGCGACUCCCUUGUAAAGUUCCAAAAGAAAGUAGAAGAUGCCCUACAGGCACUAACGAAAAAAUUAGAGAGUAUGUCGAAGAGGAUCGCCUUGCUGGAGAACAAAAUCGUCUGAGGACUCACUUCUCGCGCUUCCCUGUUCAUCUGUACACAAACCCACAUACACACACAACCACACACAUAAACAGUUUUUGCUUCCUGUUAAGGUAUGAAGAGGAACCUGUGUGUGUGUGUGUGUGUGUGAACCCUGACCUCUGCUUGUAUUCUAAGCUCUCCCAAACCACCGCUGCCCCUCCUCUCUCGGCCUUACCUCUUCCACCCUUGGGUCUCCUGGGACACGAAGCGCCGGUUGCCAUGGGGACCACGCCUUUGUGUGUGUGCGUGCGCUCCGAAGGUCAUCCUCCAUAGCCAGCCUGUGUGUUUGUUAAUAAAAGUCUUCCCUCAUAGGGAAACGGUAUACUGAAGGGUUUUUCUUUGUUGCUGCCACGAUGUUGAAUUUCCCCAAACUCCAUAGUCUGUCUUGUCUUGUUAUGUCAAACGGAGCAGCACAUCACCCUCAUUUGUCUGUCUGAUUAUGUCUGUCACUGUCAUCUUUCCCUCUCUCUCCUCUCAUAACUGAAGGCUUCAUCUUUUUUUCCCUUACCCCCACACAAAGGUAUCUAAUAUUAUAUAUGGUAUAUAUAAAUAUAUAUACAGGUAAAUUAAUAUAAGAUCUAUGUCUGAUAAUAAGGGUACACCAAUGAUGUUUUUUUUCCUAAAUAAAGGUGA